AGGUAGAGGGAAAGCAGGUGCAAUCUCAGACUGGAACAGGAAAGUGUGACGAGGUCAGACAGAAAAACACAUUACAGCCAUGGGAGCAGGAUCCUUGACAUGGUUGAUGUUUGUAGUUGUUGCUCUGAAUGCAAUCGCUGCUGCAGCAGGACUGGCAUUAUUCGCAGUGGCUAUUUGGGUAGCAGCAGAUGGGUAUAAGCUCUACCCCAUAUCUGGUGUGUCGGGAAAAGAUGACAUCUUUGCUGGGGCCUGGAUUGCCAUUUUUACAGGCUUUGCCUUCUUCCUCACAUGCAUCUUUGGCAUCUUUGCCGCCCUGAAAAGGAGCCGUGCACUCAUGCUGGUGUACUUUCUCAUAAUGUUCAUCAUCUUUCUGUUUGAAUGCGCAUCUGCCAUCACAGCAGCAACCAACCGGGAUUAUCUGGUUGGGAACAGUAACUUUGUAAAGAAACAGAUGCUGCAAUAUUAUGGGCAAGACAGCAUACAAGGAAAGCAGAUUACACAGACAUGGAACAGAGUGAUGGAACAGGACGAGUGCUGUGGAGCAGACAGUCCACAAGACUGGAUAGUGUAUAACUCCACCUUGAAACAGAUGUAUCCUACAUACAACUGGCCCCUCAGCUGCUGCAAGAGACUGAGUACCUUUGACUUGCAAGAUCCAGAAGGCUGUAAGGUUGGCCGGACCGGCAUCCUAUUCACAAAGGGUUGCUUCAACUAUAUUGAAUCUGUGUUAAGCCAUUACACCUGGGCUGUGAGCUGGUACGGUUUCUCCGUUCUCAUAUUAGUGUUUUUCACAUUAGUGAUCGCUAUGAUCUACUUCAUGCAGCUGGAAUAACUACGGACAUUUGUUUUGUAAGAUUUGUUACUGCACAUUUGUAUUUAAAACUUACUUGACAAUGUUUCUGUUUAUCAAAUAAACAUGUGACUGUG